AUGUUCAAGAAGACGAAAUUAAUCAAUAUUGUACGUAAUGAGACAGCUGAUAAAGUAAAAGAAUAUCUUAAUAAGAAAAAAGUAGAUAAAAAAACAUUUGAAAAAUUUAAAACGAAAGAGGAGAAUCCGUUAUAUGUUUCUAUGAUUAUUAGAAAAGAUUUUGAGAUGUCACAAGAGUUAAUCAAAGUGAUGAUUAAAGUAAAAGCUGAUAUCAAUAAAUAUGAUGAAGCUGAACAAACAAUAUUACAUUACGUAUGUAAUACAUUUACUUCUGAUGCAUCUUUUAUUAUGGCAUUAUUACAAUUUCCAGGAAUAAAUGUUAAUGCAAAAAAUAGAGAUGAACAAACUCCUUUACAUAUUUUUUGUAAUCAUUUUGCUAAUGUUCAAUCAUAUAAAACAGUUUUACAAAAAUUUGUUGAAUUACAUGCUGAAAUUGAUGCUACAAAUUCAUAUCUUGAAACACCUCUUAUUAAAACUGUUAAAAAUCAAAAACUUAGAGGUCUUAUUGUUCAAUUUCUCAUUGAUAAUGGAGCAAAUAUUAAUGUUGCUAAUAAAGCAAAAAUACUGCAUUACAUUUUUGUUGGAUUAGGAGUAUUACAUAAUAAUAAACCAUCUAUUCUUCAUCGUGAUUUUAAAUCAUUAAAUGUUCUUGUAACAAAUGAUUAUACAUUAAAAAUUAGUGAUUUUGGAAUGAGUCGAUUUGAUACUACUGAAAAUCGAGAAAAAGAUUUAAAAGAAUUGUCUGGAACAAUACCAUAUUGUUCCCCUGAAAUUAUUCCAAGUGAUGGACAUUCUGGAUUAUAUACUACAAAAAGUGAUAUUUAUUCUCUUGGAAUUGUUUUUUGGGAAAUUUUUAGAAGAGUUGUGUUUGGGUCAUACACAAAACCUUGGUUUAAAGAAUAUAAUAUUCCUUCAGCAAAUGACUUUGCUAUUUUAAAUUUAAUUACUGCAGGUAAACGACCUACUCUUGAAAUAAAAGAAUAUAAUGAGGCUUGUAAAAAUUAUGUACCCCCAUCAGUACAUCAACUGUAUUAUAGUUGUGUAGAUGAAGAACCUGAUAAAAGACCUAAUGCAGAAGAACUUAUUAAAAUGAUUGAUUCAAUGAAACAGGAAUAUAUACAUAAUAACAAUAUUUGGAAUAAAUAUUAUGUUCCUGUUGGAUAUAAGAAAAUGUAA